AGAGAAGCAUUCGACAUGGAGCAAAGUAACAGAAUCGCCUACUGUGGUGAUCAAUUGAUUGGGGUUUCCAUCACGAUCGCAAUUCUUCAGACGAUAAUCGUCGGUGCGCGCUUUUACACCAGAUACUGGCAGAGGCUGGCCACUGGAAUUGACGAUUACCUUAUGAUUCCUGCGCUGCUUGCGAGCCUCGGGCAAGCUGGGCUUUAUAUCUACUUGGUAAAGCAAGGUGGAGUCGGUUACCAUCUUGCAUAUGUUAUGCGAACCCCACAGAAGCUGGUAACACUGCAAAAGGGCCUCUAUGCAAAUGAGAUUCUUGACUUUCCAUUCACCGUGACUCCCGCAAAGCUAUCAAUUCUCGUAUUCUACGCUCGCAUCUUCAGCGUUCGCCCCUUUAGAAUCUUUGCAUAUAUCAUUGGAGCGGUUGUUCUGUGUCACGGAAUCGGGGUCCUCUUCGCCGCCAUUUUUCAGUGCUCGCCAAUUGCAUACACAUGGGAUUCAACGAUUGUAGGAACAUGUGUUAACCAGCAGGCAUUUUACCGAUGGGUAUCCCCUCCAAAUAUCUUGACCGAUGUCCUCAUCCUGGUGAUGCCUUUGCCCUAUGUCUGGAAGUUGCAUACUUCAUUAGGGCAUAAGUUGGCUUUAACAGGCGUGUUCUUGUUGGGAAGUUUAGGAACUGUGUUUAGUAUUUUACGCAUGACAACAUUCUUCCAGGAGAGUGCGACAACAGACCCAACUUGGGUCUCUGUCAAGCUUGGUAUAUGGACCAUCCUAGAGGGUGGGAUCAUAAUCUCAGCAGCUUGCCUGCCUUCAAUUUGGCCAUUAAUAUCCAGAAUACUUCCUCAAAGCCUGCUCAUGACCCAAUCAUCAAAAAAGCAGUUGCCGCGCUAUGAUUACCAUAGAAGUUCUCGCAACGCUAACGUUGGAGAGGGUUUCUCACGACUGGGUAAUGACAGUUCGGAAGGUAUAAAAUGGUCAAAUAAUGUGGAAACGUCCCGGGCACAGUCCGAUCGACAUACCGAUGAGACGGAACUAAUGUCUCUGCAGAGCAUUUCGCGGGUUCGAAUGGCAUAA